AUGCACGCCACCAGUCUUACAUUCUUUGCCAUCGUUUCAGCAGCGUUAGCGUCUCCACUUCCGCGUGCUCUUCCAACACCCGUGAGCACCGCUACGGCGAAGACCUAUCUAUCACAACUGACUGUUACGGUUGAUUCCAACGUCCCCGCAUAUGCGCGGUCAGCAUUCAAGACAUGGGAUAUCAUCUCUGGAAAUUGCGACACUCGCGAAACCGUCCUAAUUCGAGAUGGUACCAAUGUUGUCACCAAUAAUGCGUGCACAGCGACGUCUGGCAACUGGGUUUCUCCAUAUGAUGGCGUCCCAACAACCCUCGCCAGCGAUCUUGACAUUGACCACGUGGUUCCACUUAAGGAGGCCUGGAUUUCUGGCGCACGAGACUGGACCGACGCUCAGCGCGAAGCGUUCACGAAUGACCUCACUCGACCCCAAUUGGUAGCCGUCACCGACAACUUGAAUCAGUCCAAGGGAGACAGAGAUGUUGCGAAAUGGGUCCCGCCCUUGGCCAGUUUCGUUUGCACCUACGUCCGCGCCUGGGUUCAGGUCAAAUACUACUACUCGCUCACAAUCGAUAGCGCCGAGAAGACGGCAUUGACCAAUUACCUAAACAAUUGUUGA